CAAUUUCGAACAAAACAAUCUUGUAGAAAUUAAUAUGAGUUUGAGUCUUUCAAACUGGCUCUUUCAUUAAAGGCUAAUUGAAAUUUUUGAUAUUAUUCUUUUAAAAAUUUUAGUAUGGAAAACCUUAAUGAAACUACAAAUAAAAAUUCUUUAUUAGAAAUGAAAAUGAGAUCAAAAAAUAUUAUCAAUUCAAUGAAUAAUAAAAGACAAUGGACAAAUGAAAAUAGAUAUGAGGAAAAUAAUAAAAAUCAAAUAAAUAAAUUUGUUUCAACAGAACCAGCAAUUUUAGCAGUUGAAAAAAAUAGUUAUAUACUUUGGAUUUUAACACCUUUGGCUGCCAGCUUUUCAGUUAUUAUGAUUAUAGCUGCUUUAGCUGGUCCUGUAUGGUUAAUAACUGAAGAAAGAUUAAUUGGACCAAAUUUAAAAUUGGAUAAAGAAGGAUCUACUAUGUCUAAAUGUACUAAAUCAAGUUUAUGGAUAAUAUGCUCUGCAAUACUUAAUAAUUCAACAAAUUGUAGCUUUCAAUCAGUUCAAGAUGCCGAAAGCUAUAGCUGCAUGAAAAUUGAUUACUUUCCAAAGGAGGAAUACAGAGCUGAUGCACAUGAUUCCACUUCUGCUAUUCCUUACACAAUAAUCAAUUCAUGUCCAUUCUUUUUAACUUCUGGAGUAAUGUUAAUUAUAUCAUUUGUGGUAUUUUUAAUUCCAACAAUUUUCUAUCAAAACAAUUUAUACUAUUUUACAGCUGGAAUAUUAUUCAUUGUGUCAGGGUUACUAAUGCUAAUUGGUUUAAUUGUUUACAUCUCAAUAUUUAAAUCUGAAAUAGGAUCAAAAUUACGUUCCAAAUCUGUAUUUGAGCCACCAAUUUUUAAAUUUGCAUACGGACAAAGUUUUUUUAUAUAUGUUUUCGGAUUUAUUUUUACAGAAUUUGUAGGACUUUUGAACAUUUUUUUAUAUAUAAGUUUGCUAGAGCUAAAAAAUAAUGAGAAAAAAUUGCCAUGCUGGUCAUUUAUUGCUUUUUAUCCAAAAAGUAAAAAUUCUUCAAGAACUUGUCGAAAACUUGAUCCAGAAUUUGUUUGUAAAAAACAUGCCAUUCCAAUUAAUUUACUUUUUGAUAGUGACACAGGUAAAAGAUAUUACUUUGAAAAAUUGAAAAGAAUUGAACAUGAUUCACAGAAUUUGGCUAAAAGUCUUAAUCAAUUAUAUACCGAGCCAGCACCAUGUUUUUCAAAUUUUGAUUUAUCGUUACAUAAAGGAUCUCCAUUAACACGUAGUGUAUCAACAACAACUGAAAUAUUUUCAGAAAAUAAAAAAAUGGAAUCAACAAAAUCCUAUGGAAAUGUUACUGGAAAUGAUUACUGUGGUUUUCCUUCAGAAAUUUCUCGUGGAAUACGAAAAACUAAAGAUGAUAUAAUAAAUGAAUUUUUCAAAAGAACUGGAGUUAAACCAAAAUCAAAGAAUAUAUACUUUAUUGAAAAUCCAACAGAGAAUUCAGAAGAAAAUAUUUUUCUAGUUGAUAAUUAUUCAAAAAUAAAAAAAAAUCAAUACUCAUUAAAAGAUUUGUCUAUCAUUGAUUCGAAUGCAUCAUUGAAAAAUCAUUAUGAAAAAUCUCAUAUUAAAAGUUUUACUAGUUUACAUCAACGUGAUAUAAAAGAUGUAAAUAAAUAUAAUGAUUUUUACUUUUCAAAAGGUGGAUAUUAUAAUGAUGCCAUACAUCAAAGUCAAACUUUACCGAGAUCUUUUAUGAAAAAAAAUUAUGAAGAAAAUCAAAAUUAUGCUUAUUCACAAGAAAAUUCAUUAGAUUUACAUAAUAAAAUGAGACUUAAUGUAUCAAAUAAAGAACUUUGUAAAUCAUGUGAAGAUAUGGAAUUCUCAUAUGGAAAAAGAAGAUCAAUAGCUACUAUACAAUGGCCACAAGCUAUUCCAGUAUCACCAAGUUAUUCAAUUAAAUCUUCAAAUUUUUAUAAUCGAAUUCCUUCAGGUGAACAUAAAAAGCCCAGGAAUUUCAUACCAUAUUUCAAUAAUAAUUAUGAAUUAUCAAACGUUAUGACAAAUGAAUCAUUUGACCUUGAUCAAAUCGAAAAAGACUGCAGAGUAUCACAUGCAAACUUAUUCAAUGAGGGAAAUUAUGAUACCAUCAACGGAACUCAAGUUUAAUGAAGUUAUUAGAGCAAAAAAUUCCUCUAAGGA